GGAGGGGGCAUAGCUCUUCCUUGAACGAGUGUUUUUACAAGCAAUGCCGAAACGAAAAUGCACCUUCACGGUGGAGUUGAAUCAAAAAUUCCCGUGCUUUCGCCAGGGUCGUGAUCCUCAUGAAGCAGAGUGCUUGAUAUGUAAGACAGGCACUUUUGUGUCUGUGGCAAAUAAAGGUGCCAACGACCUGCAGGCACACAUCAAUUCAGCCAAGCACACAAAAGCAGCGAGGGCCGAGAGCUCAUCAUCCAAAGGCACAGAUUUCGUCGUUGUGACCAAGUCCAAAAGUGGAGCCGUCACUGCAACACAAGAGAGCAUGAAGAACCGAGGUGCUGGCUGCCUGGAUGUUCGGCUCAGACAGCGAUUGGAACAGUAUUUGGCUUCCUGCACUAAUGGUGUAGAUCUGUGCUCCGCUGCACUAGAACUUCAAAAACAAUACAGAAUGGAGUAUGGUAGAAGAAACAAGACGGCAUUCAGAAUUCAAGUUGAGAAAGUAUACCAAGCAAUCAAAUGGGAGUCUGGGCUGGAUGAAGUGGAAAAUGCCCAGCUGACAAAGCGAACGAAGCACGUCCACGAUGAAUCCAGUGACGACGACAGCGGCAAUUCAGAAGAUGGACUGGAUCAUCCUAACAGCAGUCACAUGAACAGCUCCCUUGCGUCUCUAUACCGGAACGCCGAUUCGAGCGAGAUGCCUGAUGCCGCCGGUAAAGUGUCCACAGGCGGCUGGUUCAUUGAUCGAGGCAAAAGGUCUGCAAAGAACAACAUCUUCAUCGACCUGAGCCAAGAUCAGCCGAGUGACGCAAAAGAAGUUUCAACAUUGGAGUCCUCCAAAAGGUCAGCAAAAAGGAAAAAGAGCCCUGAAGAAAAUGCAACGAGCCUGGCUUCCAGCAAGAAAGGAACACCCUUGGAAAAAUCCAGAUGGACAAAGUUGCAGUAUCCCACUCUUAAGUUUGAAGACGUUGGUGGUAAUGAAGAGACAUUGAAGGACGUGUGUAAACUGCUCAUCCACAUGCGGCACCCCGAGAUAUACCAGCACCUGGGAAUGGCUCCUCCGAGGGGCUUUCUCCUCCAUGGACCUCCCGGCUGUGGCAAGACUCUGCUGGCACAAGCUGUGGCAGGGGAACUGGACCUGCCCUUGCUCAAAGUGUCCGCUCCGGAACUAGUGUCUGGAGUAUCAGGAGAGUCGGAGCAGAAGCUCAGGGAGCUCUUUGACCUCGCUGUGAGCUCAGCUCCGUGUAUCCUGUUUAUUGAUGAGAUCGAUGCUAUAACACCAAAGAGAGAAAUGGCCUCCAAAGACAUGGAAAGGAGGAUUGUAGCCCAGCUCCUCACCUGCAUGGAUGACUUGAACAGCAUGUCAUUUGCAACGCAAGUGCUGGUCAUCGGCGCUACCAAUAGGCCCGACUCCCUGGACCCUGCACUGCGUCGGGCCGGACGCUUUGACAGAGAGAUAUGCCUCGGUAUCCCGGACCAACAAUCUCGACUCAGGAUUUUGAAGACUCUGUGUCGGAAGCUGAAGAUUCCAGAAGGUUUUGACUUUGGCAAGCUGGCUCGCCUCACCCCGGGAUACGUGGGUGCGGAUCUCACGGCGCUUUGCCACGAAGCGGCCAUGAAUGCGGUCAACAGGGUUCUCUUGGCGGUCAAAAGGCCAGAGGAAAUCAAAAGCGAGGUCCCGGACCACGAUUGGCCGCCUGCUACGGAAGCGGCGACAAACGACAGCGGCGAGCAGCAAAAGCGUCCGGCGUGGCCUCCUAAGAACGCAGCAGCGGCUGACGACGAGCAUCUGCCGGGGGAGCUGCGGCACCUGCUGCGACUGCUCAAGAACGCCAACACCCUAGCAGAGAACGAGCUGAGCGGCCUCUCGAUGAUCAUGUCCGACUUUGAGGCGGCUCUUUCCCACGUGCAGCCUUCGGCCAAGAGGGAGGGCUUUGCCACCGUGCCUGAUGUCACCUGGGACGAUGUGGGAGCGCUUCAUGAAAUAAGAGAAGAGCUUACAAUGGCCAUCUUGGCUCCAGUGCGCUCCCCUGAGCAGUUCAGGGCUCUCGGGCUGAGUGCGCCAUCAGGACUGCUGCUGGCUGGUCCCCCGGGCUGUGGAAAAACCCUUCUCGCUAAGGCGGUGGCCAACGAGUCGGGUCUCAACUUCAUCUCUGUCAAAGGUCCAGAGCUUCUCAACAUGUAUGUUGGUGAAAGUGAGCGAGCGGUGAGACAAGUCUUUCAAAGAGGCCAAAAUUCUGCUCCUUGCGUCAUCUUUUUUGAUGAAAUUGAUGCUUUAUGUCCUCGACGUUCAGGCCACGAGUCAGGAGCCAGCGUUCGCGUGGUGAACCAGUUGCUAACAGAAAUGGAUGGCUUGGAAAGUCGGCGACAAGUCUUUAUUAUGGCUGCGACCAACAGACCAGAUAUCAUUGAUCCUGCCAUUCUGAGACCGGGUCGUCUAGAUAAAACAUUGUAUGUGGGUUUGCCACCCCCAGCUGACCGACAUGCAAUUCUGCUUACCAUUACAAAGAAUGGAACCAAACCUCAGCUGGACCAAGAUGUUAGUCUGGAAGAGAUUGCUUAUGAUGAACGCUGUGACUGCUUCACAGGUGCUGACCUGACUGCAUUAGUGAGGGAAGCAUCAGUUAAUGCUCUGAAGGCCUACCUGAAGUCCCAGCCUAUUCAAUCGUCUGGCCAUACAUUCUCCUUUGAACCUGUUGCUGAUAUCAGAGUGAGCAAAAAGAAUGUGGAAGAUGCCUUAAGAAAGGUUAAACCAUCAGUGUCAAAAAAGGACCAGAUGAUGUAUGAGCAGCUGAAAAUUGCCCUGAGAGGAUAAGUGCAAGACCAAAUAAGGAUUCCCAGUAACAAUUUACAAUUCACCAUCAUAAAAAAAAUGCUCUUUUAUUACAAUAUAGACAUUUGUAGACCUCAUUAAAUUUCUACAUUGGAAAAAAAGUGA